AUGUCCAAUCCCUUGUUCCAUCUAGCAUCAUUCACAUCCAACCAAAUCCCAGAGAGUGAUGGUUCUCUCAGAGGUUGUAGAGUAAAUAUUGCUAAGAGCGACAAUCAUUUAUCAGUUAUGGAGGAUUCUAAAGACAUCCAGAACUUCUAUACCAACUACGGGUUCUAUCAAGGAUAUGCAGUCAAUCAACAAGAACAAGAAAUGAAUAAACAACAACAAGAAAUGAAUGUAUAUGCUGCCCAUUCUGCAGAUCAAUUAAGUCAAGGAGAAGUGAAGCUCAAUAGUCUAGAAACAGGAAGCAAUGUGGGCGAGGUACCUUUUUUAUCUCUAGCUCCUUUUGAAUUGCUGAGGAACAAUCCAAGCAAGCACAAGAAUACUGAAGGAGAUAAAGCUAGAGAUGUGAAUGGCGGAGCCAACGUGCACCAGAAGCUCUCAGCUAUGCACAUCAUGAGGCUAGCUGGAGAAAGAUUUAUCCAGUUCUCUUCCAACAAGUUCAUUAACAUAAACAAUCUCUUGCACCCCUACGGUUCCGCUCUCUCAUACCUUUCUACUGAAGAUAAUCAAGAUGUAGAGCUUGCUCAAAUCCUCCUAGCUGCAGCUGAGAAAGUUUCUGAACAGCAAUAUGACCGCGCAAGGAAAUUUCUAAGUCAAUGCCAACUACUUGCAUCAAAAGCAGGUAAUACUGUGCAAAGAGAAGUCUUUUAUUUUGCACAAGCACUUGGAGAGAGGAUCGACAGGGAAACAGGAAUUUUAACGCCAAAAAUCAGUGCAGAAACCAAUGAACUUAACAGUAUCUGUACUGCACCAAGAUUGCACGCCUCACACGUAGCAUUGCAUCAAGAAGUUCCAUUCACACAAGUGGUGCAUUUCACAGGAAUUCAAGCCAUACUAGAAAGUGUAGCAACAAAACCCAAAGUUCACCUAAUUGAUUUCCAUAUCAGAACAGGAGUACAAUGGGCAUCCUUGAUCCAAGCAGCCGCAGAGCGAAAAGAUAACCCAAUCGAACAUAUGAACAUCACAGUUAUCGAAUCAGUCAAUAAACAAAGAGUAGAGAAAACAGGCAAAUCUUUAGAGAGUUUUGCUACGUCCUUGAACUUCCCCUUCUCAUUCAAGAUUGUCUUUUUACCAGAUAGAAACCAACUAACCAAAGACCAUUUUUACAUAGAACCUGACGAAGGGGUAGUAAUUCACGCAGCAUUCUUUCUACGCGCAAUGAUAUGCGAACCCAACUGUUUAGAAACAGCGAUGAGAGUUGUAAAACAGUUGCAGCCAUCACUAAUGGUAGUAUCAGAAGUAGAAGCAAAUCUGAACUCACCUGUAUUCGUGCACCGCUUCAUAGACUCGUUAUUCUAUUACAGUGCAUUAUUUGAUUGCUUAGAAGAUGUAAUGAAGCGGGAUGAUCAACACAGGAUGACAAUAGAAGAGUCAUAUGGAGGGGGGAUUUUGAACAUAGUAGGAAGUGAAGGCAAAGAAAGGGUAAUAAGAAGUGUGAAUCUUGAUGUGUGGAGGUCAUUCUUAGGGAGGUUUGGAAUGGAGGAAGUAAAGCUGAGUGAUACAUGUUUGUAUCAGGCUAACUUGAUUAUUCAGCAGUUUGAUUGUAGGGAUUCUUGCAGCGCGGACAUGAAUGGUGGGUCUUUAGCGGUCAGCUGGAAAGGAACUCCAAUCUAUUCCACUUCUGCUUGGAAAUUCCAUUGA